AUGCUUCGGCUCCAAGUACGAGUCCUUGAAGACAAGAACAUGGCCAACGCCGAGCAGGAGCAAAAACGGGGCAAGUUGUAUGCUGAGUUCCUACGAUGGGCGCCGAAGGUUCAGCAGGAAGGUUGGCUCACGAACAAGGUUCGGAAGGCGUAUGCAGCCUGUCAAAAGAUCGUUGAGGCGCUGGAACCAGGAGACUGA